UGGACGCACACAUCAAAUCCAAAGAACACUUCAUCUGCCGUCUGCCAUCUCGAAUCAAAAGCCAGCCGCCUGCCCUUUCAUCUUCUCAUCUGCUAAUUCGGGCAGAAAUUCAUCCGCAUCAAUUUCAAACAAAGCUUCGUCUGUCAUCUGCCAAUUUGAUUCAGAACACAGCCGCUCAGGAAUAUUCUUCCAGUUUAGAAACGCAAAGGAUUCAAAUUGAUGUUCUCCAGAUCGUGUGAGCCACCGGUGAAAUAACGCAAAGGACAUGGCACCAGUUAAGAAAGUCCUUUCGGAUGUCACACCUAAUUUGGAUGUGCGUGCUGCGUUUCUACUUCGUGUUGCCAGAAAAUGGACUCCUUCUAGGACCAAAUCUGAAUUAGUAUUGAUGGACGAAGAGGGUACAUUUAUCCAAGCCACAAUUCCGCUCCAGUUGAUUCCGCAGCUUGAAGAUAAAUUCGAAGAAGGAAAAUUGUAUGCAAUAAAGAACUUUGAAGUAAAAGAAAAUCAGGGCAAUUGGAGGCCAACUCCCCAUCCAUAUCGUUUGUUCUUCACAGAUAAUACAAAAAUCGCUUACCAAGAAGAUAAGAAGCAUGACUACUUCAGGAAAAGCGUCUAUAAAAUCACAGAGUUUUCUGAUAUUAUUAAUGGCCCCGAUGUAGUGGGUGCUAAUUUGUUGG